GGGCGGGGGGCGGAGGGGGAGCCCCGGGAGCGCGAGCCGCGGCCGGCGCCGCUGCAGAGCCGAGCCGAGCGAAUCCCGAGCGCAGGCAGCAGGGCACCGAAUCUGUGUGUGUGUGUGUGUGUGUGUCUCGGAGAUGCUGAUGGCAGGCUGCGGCACAGCGGAGCCCCGCUAGACACCAAGAAGCCCAUGGCUCUGGUUGGAUCUUUCACCAUGACCAGCCCGCAGCCUGCCCUAGAAGGAGGGAUUUCCGAAGUUGAGAUCAUCUCUCAGCAAGUGGACGAGGAGACCAAGAGCGUCGCUCCCGUGCACUUGGUGAACUUCGCCGACAGGGACUUGCCCCUGGCUGCCAUCGACCUCUCCACGGCGGGCUCGCAGCUCCUGUCAAAUCUGGACGAAGAUUACCAAAGAGAAGGGUCUAACUGGCUGAAGCCGUGCUGUGGGAAGGGAGCGGCCGCGUGGCAGGUGUUCCUGCUCAGUGCGAGUCUCAACGGUUUCCUGGUGGCCUGCGUGAUACUGGUCGUGAUUCUGCUGACCUUGGAACUUCUGAUAGAUGUGAAGCUUCUCCACUUUUCCAGCGCCUUCCAAUUCGCGGGCGUCAUUCAUUGGAUCAGCCUGGUCAUCCUGUCCGUGUUCUUCUCAGAGACCGUUCUGCGGAUCGUGGUGCUCGGCAUCUGGGAUUACAUCGAGAACAAAAUCGAGGUGUUUGACGGGGCUGUGAUCAUCUUGUCCUUGGCCCCGAUGGUGGCAUCCACCGUCGCCAACGGGCCCAGGAGCCCCUGGGACGCCAUCAGCCUCAUCAUCGUGCUCCGGGUGUGGCGGGUGAAGCGGGUCAUAGAUGCCUACGUGCUGCCGGUGAAGGUGGAGAUGGAGAUGGUCAUCCAGCAGUACGAGAAGGCCAAGGUCAUCCAGGACGAGCAGCUGGAGAGACUGACGCAGAUCUGUCAGGAGCAAGGGUUUGAAAUCCGGCAGCUGCGCGCACACCUGGCGCAGCAGGACCUGGACUUGGCCGCUGAGCGCGAGGCGGCGCUGCAGGCCCCACACGUGCUCCGCCAGCCGCGCAGCCGCUACAAGGUGGUGGAGGCCGGCGCGUGGGACGAGGAGACGGCGGCCGAGAGCGUCGUGGAGGAGCUGCGGCCCUCGCCAGAAACGGCACUGAAAGAUGACAUGAACAGCUACAUCAGUCAGUACUACAACGGGCCCAGCAGUGACAGCGGCGUCCCUGAGGCAGCUGUGUGCGUGGUCACCACGGCCGCCAUCGACAUCCACCAGCCCAACGUCUCCUCCGACCUCUUCUCGGUGGACGCGCCCCCGAAGCGGGGCGGCAACGGCACCUGCGCCAGCGCCACGUCCGAGAGCGCCUCCCGCUCCGCCUGCAGCUCCGUCACCCGGGCCCAGAGCGCCAGCAGCCAGACGCUGGGCUCCUCCACGGACUGCAGCACUGCCCGCGAUGAGCCGUCCUCGGAGCCCGGCCCCUGUCCCCUGCCGCUGCCGCCACCGCCACCCCCACAGCAGCAAAGGGCAGUCCAGGACCUGCUGUCCUCCUUGUCGGAGGACCCCUGCCCACCCCAGAGGGCCUUGGACCUGGGCCCCCGGGCCCCGCUCAGCCCUGCGGGCUCGGCUCCCACCAGCCCUGAGCUGGGGCACAGGGUGUGUCUGUUCAACCAGAAGAACCAGGAGGCCUUCCGGGCCUUUUCCACCCAGCCAGUCAUCCACUUCCAGCCUGCGACGCCGGCCCUGCAGGACAAGUGCAGGCCUUUGGAACCCAAAGAGCAGAAGCUGCACCGGGUCCCCGAGGCCUAGAGCCCGCAGGCAGGCUGGCGGGGAGGAGGGGACAAAGCCAUCUCGACGCAGUUCCGGGACCCCAGAGGCUGCCACGGCCGCCUGGCCUCCCGCAGGGUGCUGCCUGCCCCCGGGGAGGUGACGCCAGGCCAGAGGCCACGUGCCUCAGACCUCAGAGCCCAGAGCGGCGCCUCUUCUCGCCCUGUUCCAGGGGAAGGCGGUGCUCAGGGUGGGUUUUGUUUUGUUUUUAACCAUUUUUACAAAAACCAGCCUGUGGCCUAGCUUCAGCAGGGUGGAGAGCGAGGACCAGCUCGGCCUCUUCUGCUGCCUUUGUUCCCGACACCCGCCCCGGACCUCGGGAGCAGCACUGUGAGCAGGGGCUGCAGCCCCACCCCCAAGCCGUGUCUCCCAGGAGUCCUGGCACGGGUGCACGCGUGUAUGCGGGGGUGACACCGCCAGAGCCCACCCCAAGCCGUGUUUCCCAGGAGUCCUGGCGUGCGCACGUGCGUGUGUGUGUGUGUGGGUGCUUGUGUGUAUGUGGGGGUGACACCGCCAGAGCCCACCCCAAGCCGUGUUUCCCAGGAGUCCUGGUGUGCGCACGUGUGUGUGUGUGUGUGUGGGUGCGUGUGUGUAUGUGGGGGUGACACCGCCAGAGCCCACCCCAAGCUGUGUUUCCCAGGAGUCCUGGUGCAUGUGUGCAUAUGUGUGUGUGUGUGUGUGGUGUGUGUGUGUGUGCGUGUGGGUGGGUGCGUGCAUGUAUGUUGGGGUGACACCGCCAGAGCCCACCCCCAUGCCUGUCCCGUCCGUCUUCAUUCUCUCAUUUCGGCAUGGGCAUCCCAGAGACCUCGUUUUCACCGUCACAGGACAUCUGGGGGGGAAUCUGGAGGUGGGCGGGGGGCUGGGGGCUAGGGGUGGCCAUUCCCCACCUUGGCUUGAAUAAUAAAAACCAGCUGCACUGACAGCCCCCAA